CGAUGAAACGUUUGUUCGGAGCACACUAACGUCAGCACGCAACCACGAGAAAAUGGCGUGUGCUAUCUGUCGAGCGAACGACGACGCUACGGAUGCUACUCCUGACCGGAAGUGGGGGGAGGAACUACCAUGAGUAAAAGUUCUGUACGAGAUGUUGGAUUGAUAUUCGAUGAGGAGUUCAAUAAGAAGAUGCGAAUUGCUAAUUUCUUGGUGAAAAAUCUAGAGGAUCAGAAAGACACAGAAAGAGCUAAAUACUGGCUGAUGCGACUAGGAACCAUAAAAUCCUCCAAUUUGGAAGUUAAAAAAAAUAGAAACAUAUUCCUGAACUAUUUCAUCAAAGUUCUGGGGGAUGGAGUGCUCCCAGGCUGUGCAGACGGUCGAUCAGACACUGUUUGUGAUCCUGAAGAUUCCCUGAAAUUCCUGCAUGAUCCGGACUAUUUGUCGGAUACGUCAGGAGAGACGGCUGAUGAAGAGCCAAGCCCGAAGAAAGUAAUUAAAUUUCAGUCGAAAUGGUCCAAAGACCAUAGAACUUACGUGGCGGUGAAGCCCAUUCCUGGGAGAGGUGCUUUGGUAUUCAUGGCAGUGUCCAAACGUCCUGGACUCGAUAACUGGGAUUUGCCACCUCUUAUGAAAUCCAACAGAACGAGAUGAGAAAAUAAAUUCACUAUGAAUUCGUUUUACUUGGCAGCCAAUUCUUUCCUACAGACAUUCUCCUCAUUAAUUUAACAAAUUUCAAGGAUCUGGUGUGUGAAAGAUGUCACUCUCUGUGAAAUAUUUUGAUAUUAUCUCUGGGAAUGAAACAGGUAUUAAAUUAAAUUAAAAUCAAUUAAUUAGCGAAUGUUCAUCCUCUUCUGAAGAUAAAAUUCUGCUAGAGAAAUUUCAUAGCAGUUCAUCAGUUA